AUGGUUUGGACACCAUUAAGUUAUCAGGAUAUUCUACCAUUACCGAACAUGCAAGCCAAUGUUACAAGCUAUAUUCCAAUCACUAAUCACUUCACUCCUAUCUAUGAAGGUAUCAAAGUUAUUGAUACUGUAACUUGGAAUGCCGAUAAGAGUACGAUAUCAUUUGGUACCAAGUUUAUUAAGUUCACUAAGAAGAAUGCAAACUUCUUUGAAAUGAUUACAUACUGUAACUCAUUCUCUUUGGACCCUAACAUCUAUAGUGAUUUGGUGACAAGAUAUUCGGCAAAGACUCUAAACUUCCCAAUCAAAAGAAUUGACUGCAUUACUAUGGAUGGUUCAAUGGCUAAAGGUGAAGGAACUCCUUGUACAUUCACGGCAGCAUUUACUCCAUUAUAUGUGAACACCAUUUAUACACUAUUUAAGAAAACACCUAAUUAUAACACUACCUAUGAAAAUCCAUUGUUUGAACAAAUUCAAUUGAACUGUGGAGCAUAUGGUAACAUACCCGCUGAGGCUCAAGCAUCUAAUGAUCCAAUCUUCUAUGAGAUGCAGGCAAAUGCCACUAACAAUAAUAACGAUACUGUUGGCUUCAACUAUGAUGUCAUGAG